UGUGACAGUUCGCAGUACACAGCCGAAACUUCCCCAGUGUCUAAAGACUGCCGUCCCACAGCAUUUUUUGUGGAUAUAUUGUUCUUUUCUGCGGACGUUAUUCAACAUGAAAGCAUAGCGAGUCUAUUAAAGUUCUUACUGCAGAGGGAAUCACACUUCUCUCACAAUCCCGUGACUGCCAGUAUGCCUGAAAGACUACGGAUCUUCUCUCUCAACUGCUGGGGUAUCCGCUACCUUAGUAAGCACCGUGCUGAGCGAUAUGCCAUGAUUGGAGAUCUGCUAAGCAAGGAACAGCAUGAUGUAGUAUUAUUGCAGGAGGUUUGGAGUGAAAAAGAUUUCAACUUCUUGAAAACAAAGCUUGGCAGCACACAUCUUCAUUCUCAUUAUUUUAAAAGUGGAUUUUUUGGGAGCGGACUGGCAGUCUUUUCCAGACAUAGAAUCCAUGAUGUCUUUCUCUACAAAUACACCUUGAAUGGUUAUCCCUACAUGGCCCAUCAUGGAGACUGGUUUGGGGGCAAAGCUGUUGGGAAAUUACUGCUGAAUAUCAGUGGUUUGAUGGUGCAUGUCUACGUCACUCAUCUUCAUGCUGAGUAUUCCAGAGAACAAGACUCCUAUCUUUCUCACAGAGUGGUGCAGGCCUGGGAGCUUCAAAACUUUAUAAGGCACACCUGUGUUGGGGCAGAUGUGGUAAUAUUAGGGGGGGAUUUAAACAUGCACCCUGAAGACCUUGGGGUAAGACUACUGCGCAGCUAUACUGGUCUAAAGGACUGCUUCACGGAAACAGCUAGCUUUGAUGGAUGUGAACAGGGAUUCACCCAUAUAACGGACAACCCUUUCACAAAUACUCAGGAACUUAGUCCGUUUGGAGGAGGAAUACGUAUUGAUUACAUCUUUUUUAAGGGAUCAGGGAAGGUGGAUGUUAGUUGUCUAUCUUUGUCCACUACAAAGGGCUCUGUUCCUGGGUAUGAUUUCCCUUACUCAGACCAUGAAGCUUUAAGCACUGAUCUGAUGCUUUGCCCUUUGAAGAAUGAAAAGGAAGAAAAAGACUGUACUGCAGUUAGUCUUUCUGAGCUGAUAAACAUUGUGACUGAGGCUCGGACAGAGGUGAAGGUGGGCCUGCAUUGUGCUGAGCGUAUGCGCUACACAGCUGCACGCACAGGCUUUAUGGGUCUGGCUCUGCUCCUGCUGGAAUUAGCCAUAGCUGCUGUGCCUAUGUUCUCCCUGGGAGCUGAACAGCCUUUCCCCAAAGCUUCCUUCUACCUACUGGGAGCGCUGUGCUUCGCCAUCCUUCUAUCUGCCCUUUUCCUGUACAUCUUUUACAGCAUGGAGGUGAAGUCUCUACAAGGAGCAGAGGACCAGAUGAGGCUUGCAGUAGGCAGCCUGCAGGAACGUUUGAAGAAGCUACCAAAGGUUAUAGACAAGAACCAUUCUCAAAGAGAAGUGGACGCUGUGAAGUCAGAAGACUGAAAAACCAAGUCUCAAGGCUGUGAAACACUUCUUAGCUAGACUGGUGGGAUAUUACUUUGACAUGUCUGCUUGUUUCAUAGACAUAAAACAAGGCUCAGUUGAACCACUUUCUAGAGAUUUCUGGUGGUUUCACAUCUGCCUGAUAGACCUGAUUCUCUCUAUAAGCCUUUUCACAACUGGUAUAAACAUACAUCAUGGAUGAUCUGAUCACCUUGAUUGUGUGCAAACUGGUUUCAUGUUAUUCCUAAUAAGUUAGCAAUUU